AUGAUGUUCAUGAAAGUGUUCGAGGGUAGCUGGAAAAUAGAGCCACUAUAUGUUGAUCACGGACGCUUGUGCAAGUCGAGGGAGCCGAAGAGCCGAGAAGAGUACAAAACUUGUAGCGGAGGACAAGGAAAGAUUGGGACGAAAGUGACCAUGGAGCAACGUUUUCAGUUCUCUCCUCCUUUUAAUUUACCGCCACUUUCUUGGUAUAUCCAAAGGAUCAUCAUCAAGACCACCAAGAACCUUCUUGAAGAUUUUCAAAGCAAUGCUAAGAGUCUCCGAGAAAUAUGA